CGCAAUCGUCAUGGACUUAGUUUUUAAAAGAGAUGCUGGUCAAGUACCCUCUGGAGCAGAUGUUAAGCGAGGUGUUCGGAAUCGUCGUAUAACACUACUGUAAGCAAUCAUUCCAUAUAUUGAGGAGAUACUGUAUACCACGACGUCUAUGCUACAUGCCGUUUAUGUUCACAGGAGACUCAAAAAUCAUCGGCAUCUCCUUUUUCUUUGGUCCUCAAGUAGCCUCAAGGGCUACCGGCUAGCAUUCAAAGCGCUUGACGCCGUGUUGCGUUGGCGUUGUCAUAUAACCUAGCUAGAAGCCUAGAACAUCUCGGUGUCUCGAAGACUCUGUCGCGCAGCUGGCUUCACACGACACGCAGCACGUUUGACAUGCUUGGUCUCAACAGUCUUUCGAAAUAUAAGACUAGAAGAAAAUGACUUCAAAACUUGAUCGGUUGACCCCUCGCCUUCAUUCUCCCUUAUCUGUUUGACCUCGCACUCAUCCCGUAUUCCCCCCUCCUCCUCAUCUCCCGUAACAACGACAAGUACUCUGCAACAAUAUUUGCUUUCUCAUCAAGUGCCAAUAUGGAUUGCGCAGAACGGGACAUAGGGCGCACGUCGUCAUUCUCUUCUAUUUUAUCGAUACAUCCUAUCUAUGAUGGAAUAUACUCCCGGCUUAGCCCUGGUGCUCGUAUUCGCUUUGGCCGCACAUGUCGUCUCGCGUACAACAGCGUACAGGACUUUCACUCCAGGGCAUUCAAUAUCAAUCAUCACCUCAGGCGCUUCUUUGAUGACCCCAUUGCAUUCCGCAACAUGCAGGCUCGUCUUGCAAUGCUCAUCUCUGGCUCCAACGCACUCCAGUUCCUCGAUUCAACCUCUUAUCCUGGAUCAGAUCUGGACCUAUAUGUCUGGGAAGAUAGCGCCAAAGAGGUUGGGCACUGGUUAAUGGAGCAUGAAAGAUACUCGUUUGCACCAAGCAUUGAUCAGGACAAAAAUUUCGAUGUGGCCAGCGAGACAGUGUUCACUUGGUCGGAUAAUCUAGAUCAAUCACUCGCCAGGAAUGACUGUGAUGACUAUUACUCCACACAACCUCUUGAAUGGUACAGCUUCAUUCAGAAUGGACCCGAUGGUCCUCUCAAAGUUCAGAUUGUUGCCUCGGCCCGUAGUCCCUUGGUUACGAUACUGAACUUCCACAGCACUUGUGUGAUGAACUGCAUCGCAUUUGAUGCGGCGUAUAGUUUAUACCCACAGGCUACCUUUGAAAACAAGCGCUCUUUGUGCAUGGCCAGCAAUGCUAGCAGGGUUGCUGAAUUUGCCAAGUAUGAACGCAGAGGCUGGCAGCCCACAGUGUUCGUUUCGCGCCGAAAGGAAAGGGACAUCAAAGCAUUGUUCCACCCCGACGAUACCCGUUGGGUCUGUGACCGUCAUUCUGGUUUACAAUAGCUGGAAGCUGAUUGAAAGCAGCGACGACAAGUACAUGUUGAUGGAAGGGUUUUCUAUAGGCCGCUCUGACUGCCCCGCCGUGCGAUAUGAGUAUCUCGUCGACUGCGGUCUAUUCCAUACUAUUGCUUUAACUCUGAAGCCGAGCCGCGCGUGCGUGUUCAGAUCAGUUGCGGACAUGGGAGGAUGCUACUAUCGGGAGAUUAAUCGAUGGUCAUUGCGAGAGAGAGAAAUUGGGGCAGUCAAAGGUGUUGAGGUGCAAGAUGAAGCUGAGCCAUAUGCCCAUUUCGCAUACUUUUAGAUAGAACAUCACACAGUUGUCUGUAUAUGUGUUUCAAAGAUCAUCCAACGAUAAUGC